AGUUCCUUCCCUGGGGUCCCUGCCCCGGGGCCCCUUCCCCAGCCCGGCUCUCUCAACGCCCCGCCCUUUUCCGGUUCCGCCCACCUCGGACCCCGCCCCAGGCCACUGGGUCGCUUCCCUCCGCGCAGUUGCCCCCAGACCCGGAAGUGGAUCGUGCGGAGCAAGCAUCACACCAUGGCGUAUGAGUGUUCCUCUGUGUAGAGUCAACCUGCGCCUCGCCGUCCCCAGUUCGCACACCCGAUGCCCCGGGGUUGCUACGGACUUAAAAUCUCCGCACCGCACCCUCCACCUCAGAAACAUUCCUGGAUCCGAACACUGCCCCCUCGAUGACCUAGAGAGAUCCUGGCUCCAGCCCACUGAGUGGCUUCAGCCUCGCUGGUAGGUCUCUCCUCCAGAGCUCUGGAAACAGACUCCGGGAGCAAGACGAAGGGAAACGCAGGUGUUGCUGCCUUUCCCCAAGCCCUCCCCUCUUCAUCCCUCAGGCACCUCCCAACUGCUGGCCCCUCUGCAUGAGGCGCCCACCCAGGCCCCGCCUGCAGGGAACCCAGCUCUUCUUGCAGAUUCCUGCAGCCUCUAGAAGCUGAUACUUGGAGUGAAGGCCUCACACGAAGAAGUCUGGAAGAAGAGGAAGAGGCAAGAAAAGGAGUCAGGAAUGGCCCUUACUCAGAUUCCGUCUCAUCAGGACCCAGUGACAUCAACUUGGGAAGAGGCGGCAGUGGGCAUGGUCCUCGGAAGGGCUCACACCCGGACGUGGAUGGAGACGGGGAGAAAAUGGAAGUGUGGUUUUCUCACAGUGAUACUGCAUCAUGCCAGGGUGGGGCCUCAGGUACGGUUGACAUUUAGGGAUGUGGCCAUCGAAUUCUCUCAGGAGGAGUGGAAAUGCCUGGACCCUGCUCAGAGGACUCUAUACAGGGACGUGAUGUUGGAGAACUACUGGAACCUAGUUUCUCUGGGACUGUGUCAUUUUGAUAUGAAUAUUAUCUCCAUGUUGGAGGAAGGGAAAGAGCCCUGGACUGUGAAGAGCUGUGUGAAAAUAGCAAGAAAACCAAGAAUGCGGGAAUGUGUCAAAGGUGUGAUCACAGAUAUCCCUCCUAAAUGUACAACCAAGGAUUUGCUACCAAAAGAGAAGAGCAGUACAGAAGCCGUAUUCCACACAGUGAUGUUGGAAAGACACGAAAGCCCUGACAUUGAAGACUUUUCCUUCAAGGAACUUGAGAAAAAUAUGCAUGACUUUGAGUGUCAAUGGAGAGAUGACACAGAAAAUUACAAGGGAGUGCUUAUGACCCAGAAAGAACGUAAAAGAGAUCAACGCGACAGAAGAGACAUAGAAAACAAGCUUAUUAACAAUCAGCUUGGAGUAAGCUUUCAUUCGCAUCUGCCUGAACUGCAGCUAUUUCAAGGUGAAGGGAAAAUGUAUGAAUGUAAGCAAGUUGAGAAGUCUACGAACAAUGGUUCCUCAGUGUCACCACUUCAACAAAUUCCUUCUGGUGUCCAAACCCACAGGUCUAAAAAAUAUCAUGAACUUAACCAUUUUUCAUUACUCACACAAAGACGAAAAGCAAACAGUUGUGGAAAACCUUACAAAUGUAAUGAAUGUGGCAAGGCGUUCACUCAGAAUUCAAACCUUACAAGUCAUAGGAGAAUUCAUAGUGGAGAGAAGCCUUACAAAUGCAGUGAGUGUGGCAAAACCUUUACUGUUCGUUCAAAUCUAACUAUUCAUCAGGUCAUCCAUACUGGAGAGAAACCUUACAAAUGUCAUGAGUGUGGCAAAGUCUUCAGGCACAAUUCAUACCUUGCAACUCAUCGGCGAAUUCAUACUGGAGAGAAACCUUACAAGUGUAAUGAGUGUGGAAAAGCCUUUAGAGGACAUUCAAACCUAACUACCCAUCAGUUAAUUCAUACUGGAGAAAAACCAUUCAAAUGUAAUGAAUGUGGCAAGCUCUUCACUCAAAAUUCACACCUUAUAAGUCAUUGGAGAAUUCACACUGGAGAGAAACCUUACAAGUGCAAUGAGUGCGGCAAAGCCUUUAGUGUUCGUUCAAGCCUAGCUAUCCAUCAGACAAUCCACACUGGAGAAAAACCUUACAAAUGUAAUGAAUGUGGCAAAGUCUUUAGGUAUAAUUCGUACCUCGGAAGGCAUCGGAGGGUUCAUACUGGUGAGAAACCUUACAAGUGUAAUGAAUGUGGCAAAGCCUUUAGUAUGCAUUCAAACCUAGCUACCCAUCAGGUCAUCCAUACUGGAACAAAACCUUUCAAAUGCAAUGAAUGCAGCAAGGUUUUCACUCAAAAUUCACAACUUGCAAAUCAUCGAAGAAUUCAUACUGGAGAGAAACCUUACAAGUGUAAUGAGUGUGGGAAAGCCUUCAGUGUUCGUUCAAGUCUGACUACCCAUCAGGCAAUCCACUCUGGAGAGAAACCUUACAAAUGUAUUGAAUGUGGCAAGAGCUUCACUCAAAAAUCACACCUUAGAAGUCAUCGGGGAAUUCAUUCCGGAGAGAAACCUUACAAGUGUAAUGAAUGUGGUAAAGUCUUCGCUCAAACGUCACAACUUGCAAGGCACUGGAGAGUUCAUACUGGAGAAAAACCUUACAAGUGUAACGACUGUGGCAGAGCCUUUAGUGAUCGUUCAAGCCUAACUUUUCAUCAGGCAAUACAUACUGGGGAGAAACCUUACAAAUGUCAUGAAUGCGGCAAGGUUUUUAGGCACAAUUCAUACCUUGCAACUCAUCGGCGAAUUCAUACUGGAGAGAAACCUUACAAGUGUAAUGAGUGUGGCAAAGCCUUUAGUAUGCAUUCAAACCUAACUACCCAUAAGGUCAUCCACACUGGAGAGAAGCCUUACAAAUGUAAUGAAUGUGGCAAGGUCUUCACUCAAAAUUCACAUCUUGCAAAUCAUCAAAGGACUCACACCGGAGAGAAACCUUACCGAUGCAAUGAGUGUGGGAAAGCCUUCAGUGUUCGGUCAAGCCUAACCACCCAUCAGGCAAUCCAUACUGGGAAAAAACCUUACAAAUGUAACGAAUGUGGCAAGGUCUUUACUCAAAAUGCGCACCUGGCAAAUCACCGAAGAAUUCAUACCGGAGAGAAACCUUACAGGUGUACAGAGUGUGGGAAAGCCUUUAGGGUAAGGUCAAGUCUAACUACCCAUAUGGCAAUCCACACUGGAGAAAAACGUUACAAAUGUAAUGAAUGUGGCAAGGUCUUCAGGCAGAGUUCAAAUCUUGCAAGUCAUCACAGAAUGCAUACCGGAGAGAAACCUUACAAAUGAGUGUGGUGAGGUCAUUAGGUACAAUUCACUCUUUUCACAUCAGUUAAUUCAUUCUUGACAGAAUCCUUACAAAUGCAGCGACAGUGGCUAAUCCCUCAUGGGUUGAAGCAUUAAUAGAUACGAGAGGCCGUAAGCAAGAGACAUCAUGUAAACAUGUGGCAGAGGGUUUAUCCAGGCCUCGCAGGUUACUAGGCAUCAAAAUUUAUAUCUUUGAUGAAACCAAACAAAUGUAAUAUGCAUCCUGAGGCCAUUACCCAGUGACUGACGGUAAGUGAGGAUUCCUAUGAGGAAUAACAGUCUCUGGUUUCCCUGUUUGCCUUUGAUAUUAUACACUGUAGAAUACUCACCAGUCCAAAUAUACUAAAAAUUAUAUAUUUUUAACUCAUAUAUGAAAAGACUGCAGGAUAUUUGUAGGCAGUCAGUUACCUUCACCUUAUGAAAUGUUUUAUUGAGUUAUUUAAGGUUUUUUGGAAAGCCUACUAUUGAGUUUCAAUGUGAACUCUGAAAUCUGUUAUUGUGCAUCCUUACACACCUUCCAUGGUGGUUUCUUGGAAAGAUCAUUGGGUUGGAAGGAUCAUCAAUUGGGUGAAGAUCAUUAAUUAGGUGAAGGAUUAUUUCUAUCCAAUUUGUGAAGAAGGAGGACUUUGCUUUUAAAAUCAAGUAUUGUUGGAAUUAGCAUUUGGGAGUGGCGAAAAACAAUGUAAAACCAUGAUGUCACUCACCAUUCUGAUAAUGUUCAGGGUGCCUUUCUCCUACUAGGAGAGUACUGUGGCUUAGAAGAAAGAAGUGGUCUAUCAACUGAACAUGAAAUGGAGCAGGCCAAGACCCUAGGACAUUGGGAUUUUUGUGGGAGGAGAGUAAUAGGUAAUUAGACACUGAUUGUGUGGUAGAAAUACUGCAGGGGAAAAGGUCGCCCCCUUAUCCAUUAAAGAGCAAUACCUGUUGUUUAGCAAAGAGUGAUGAAAAAUUGAUCUUGUUUUUGAAAUUGAAGAGAGAGGCCGGGUGCGGUGGCUCACGCCUGUAAUCCCAGCACUUUGGGAGGCUGAGGCAGGUGGAUCACCUGAGGUCAGGAGUUUGAGACCAGCCUGACCAACAUGGAGAAACCCCAUCUCUACUAAAAAUACAAAAUUAGCUGGGCGUGGUGGCGGGCGCCUGUAAUCCCAGCUACUUGGGAGGCUGAGGCAGGAGAAUCGCUUGAACCCGGGAGGCAGAGGUUGCGGUGAGCCAAGAUCGUGCCAUUGCACUCCAGCCUGGGCAACAAGAACAAAACUCCAUCUAAAAAAGAAAGAAAUUGAAGAAAGAGUAGUUGUCAGAGUGAAGAGUUUAAUCAACAGAAGUAGAGUAACAUAUUCUUUAGUAGAACUCACAUUAUCUGCUUAAAGCACACUUUGCUAAUGUUUUAUUCAGAAUGUAUCAUAGAUAUAAUGUUUUAACUAAUAAAAUAGAAUGGUUUUUCUCUAUGAAUGAAUCACAUUCUUUCUGCCAACAUAGUUUUAUCCUGCCUCAGUAGGAUACUUCAUAACAUAAUAACAAUGCACCACUGGGCUCUUAAAGGAUCAAGAACAAUUUUUUUCAUGGUGAAAUCAAAUAACACAGUUUUGGAAACCUAUAACCACAUUUUGCGCUUGAAUUAUGUGCCCCACACUGUGGCUUAGGAUACUUUUGGGGGUAUAACGAAAAUCUUACUGAAAGUUAAUUUCACAUUCUUACACCCCACAAUCUUCAUUGCCAUUGAUGCAUAUGCACCAUAUUAUGUUUCCACAUCAGUUUCUUGUGUGCUGAGUAAGACCUAUGCUAUGCAUCUUGGUUUCCAUGAAGUGAAAAUACAUAGUAAGAAUAUGGGAAAUAUAAAUUAGGCCGGGCACGGUGGCUCAUGCCUGUAAUCCUAGCACUUUGGGAGGCCAAGGCAAGAAGAUCACCUGAGGUCAGGAGAAACCAGCCCAGCCAGCAUGGUGAAACCCCAUCUCUACUAAAAAUACAAAAUUAGCUGGGCUUAGUGGUGCAUGCCUGUAGUCCCAGCUCUUUGGGAGGCUGAGGCAGGAGAAUUGCUUGAACCCGGGAAGGGGAAGUUGCAGUGAGCUGAGAUCAUGCCAUUACACUCCAGCCUGGGCACCAAGAGCGAAACUCAGUCUCAAAAAA